UCCAGUUGCAGAUGCAAUGAAUACUUUGUGGAUUUUGGCUGUGAUCAUUUUGGGCUUGUCUUUACGUAAGUAUGUCUACCUCUUUACUGAGCUUGGAAAUCAGUAUACGUAGAAGCAUCUUUUCCGGGAAUCUUUUCCCUGUUAUUAUACGGACAAAUGGCUUAUUCUCAUAGUUAUGUAUAACUACCCACACAUUUCAUUAAUCCCGGAAGAAAGAACUCGCCAAGAUAUUUUUAGGUGCAUUUGCAGUUCAGGAUUCAAUUGUCUGUGAAAAGAACCGCCGAGGAACUGUAAAAUGUGGUCGUAUUAACGACUGUCUCAGAUAGUCAGGGGUACCCCACGACAAUUUUCGGAAAAUAUCUGUUCGGAAGACGAUUUGAGAUCUAAAAUUUUGGGAACGUUUGUUGCAAAACGUCUUGCUUGCCUGCCUCUCCUAGGAUUUUCGAACAUCUAAAAAAUGGUAUAAUUGCCCAUUUUUAACCGAUUUUUACCCUUAAAAGGUCACCUAGAAUUUUCGGGAGCCUUUUCUCUGGCUGAAAUUUUCGAGAAGGUAGGUUUUGAUCCCUAUAAUCUUCGGAUCACUAGACUUUCAGCUAGGAAAUCCGAACAGAUGAAAAAUGCCUAUAUCCGUGACCGAUUAAAUACUAACAUACGUUUAACAAUGCUACGUUUAAGUGGCUUUGAUCUACAUUCUCGUUGGUGCCCCUGGAUAGUGUCUUACGUUUGAGUCGAAAGAAUGCAAUAUUAACAACAAGAUGGGUUUUUGAACGUGUAGGUAUUUAGACGAUGUUCCACUGUGCUACUAGAAAAAAAUCAUAACACUAGAAAGAACAGGUUGUAAACGGUUUUACAAAGGUCGAACGAAUCCAUAUCCAUCUUAUUGAUUUCCUAUUUUAGGUUUUCCCAGCCAGAGUUUAAAUAACUGAUCGUUAUGAAACCUUGUAGUUUUUUAGCCCUGGUCUCUUUAAUUUUAUAUAUUUCUAUCAUCUUUGCCAGUAACUCUCUUACAAUUGAGUCCGGUUGUUUUCUUUCAGAUGCUGGUCAAGUACAAGGUAAGUAAAACCAUAUUUAGAGGAUAAAAAAUUUUCUCAUGCAUGUGACUACUAAUGAGCUUACGACACAACUAGUAUAAAAAAGACCCAAGGUACCAUGACACGUUUGUCCACGUGUCCAUAUAUUGUUGUAUCUUACAUUAGCUGAUCUCGAGAAUUCACCCCAGGAAAAUUUUACCAGUUUAAUCUCGCCUUAUGAUUUAGCAUAUAGUUCUGAAAAAGUUCUGCCUAAAAAGUUCAAAAUAUUUAUAAGCCCACUAUUCUAUCUUGGGCUCUCACAUUGUAAUCAUACAAACCAGUUGCAUUGAGUUUUGAGAGACACAGGCUUGCUCCGACGUUCUUAGGGAUUCGUCAAACGUUCCUUAUCCGUGAUGACUUAACGAAACCCUUAAGAAAUUCUGCAUGAGAGGCUACUUGGCUUUGGUGUGUCUUCUUUUUGGGCCAAGAUCCGCGUUCAUGACGAACUUGCCUCUUCUGUAUUAUCAAAUCCUUUACGGAUUUGAUAAGGUUAGCUUUAGGUAACAUCGGCUAAAGUCAAAUUGUUUCUUUCAAUAAAAUUACAUGAAGAACAUCUUAAGUCCAACUUUACUGUGUAAUAUAAAAGUGAAAUAGAAAAACUUCACUGUGAUGCUUUGAACCCGGGUAACUUGUUUUAUAGCCUACAUCCAUAUCCACUACACUAUUGAGGACUAGCUACCAAAUCCAGUAAUUUUUAAAAUAUACAUGUUCUUAUAUAUGCCAUACCCCAUUACAAUAUUUGAAAGCUAACCUUUUUCUGUUCAGUGCUUAACCCUAAUCACUGUAGAUCAGUGCUUAACUCUCUACUGUGUUCUCUCCAUAACCGGUGCUCUGUAGUUUUGGUUUCUUCAGCUUUUAUAGUCUCAUUCUACAUUCCAGUCUCGUUCCAUUAUGAAAAUAAUGCGUUGUGUAAAAUUCAUAAGGUGUCCAAUCUGGCUUCACUCGAUGUUAUCUAAUGCUAACCAUUUGAUAACUAUUACUUACCGAUGAUAUGUUGUACAUUACGGUUCUCUACCGCUGGCCAUGUGAAAGAACCAAAGGCUCAAGCCCCCUCAAUGAGUUUAACGUCAUCAAGGCUUAGUUUCAAAUUUGGAUGACGUUCGAUAGUUCACGCUUUCUCUUAGUCAAGCGCUAUGCGUCGCUCAAUUUGCCCGUGUCAUAAUUAAUUUUGCGUUGUUGUAUAAUUACUUUCGCUGACAUUGUCGAGAUGUAUCCUGUAUUUUGCAGAUCCCAGUCUGAUUGUUUACUUCCCAUGAUAUAGGCAGUAAUAAAAAUGGCAUUGAAGGGUUGUUAACAGGAGAAUUAGUAAAGGAAAGUGUUUUCCUUCGAGCGCAAGAUAAAAGACCAGCGCUGGAGUUCUGCAAUUUUAAAGAGAUAUCCCGUUUAUGUAAAGUGUGAAACGAGUUACCGACGGCCGAACAAUGAAAGCUAAUAAACGAUUCUUAUCGUCGUUAAGACGUCUUUCUUGCUUAUACUUAUUCAUUUUUUUUCUUGAAAAAGCUCGUUCCCGUGUGACUGCUGAUUUUAACGUACACAUUCCAAUUAUAUACUAAGUUAAUAUUUGUGUUCUUUCAUUUUAGGCAACUGUACUGAGAAGUUGGAUAUAGCUUUUCUGGCUGACACUUCAUUAAGCAUGCAAAAAAAGCAAAGAACGACCCUGUACGAAUUGGCUAGCAAGUUGAUAGACAAUUACCCAGUCUCUGAUGGAGGAAACCACUAUGGUUUUAUUACGUUCGAUCGUAAAGUCAAAAUCCACAACAAUUUUGCAACGCGGAUGUACUACAAUAAACAGGCUGCUUUUAAACAGCUGAUCAAGGAGAAAGCCCAUUUAGUUCCUGGUAGGAAUCAGUGGGGAACUCGAUCAGAUAUUGCUCUACACAAGGCAGCAACAGAGCUGUUUACUACCGAUGGAGGAGACAGGCCAGAUGCAAAAAAUGUCCUACUUGUCUUUACUGAUGGAAAACAAUUUAUGUUAAAAAAAGAUCAAAGGAUUUCACCCUUCCAAAACUUUUCAGAGAGCACAAAAAAACUGGAGGUAAGUCUUUUAAGUCACGAAUAAAGCCUCUUCGAAUAUAAGGCGGCCAUUUCAGUUGGGUAUAUUAUUUGGGAAUUUUCUUACAAAGCUAAGCCUAUCAUAUCGGAACUUUAUACACAAACAUACGGUCUAUAUAAGAUUUCUAUUAUCUAUAAUCGACUGCACAACUGCGAUGCUUUUUAUCGUUGUGGGCCACAGUUGUUAGUUAGUUGUUGCGCUGUUUUUCUAAUGUACUCCAAAUUUUGUUUCUAAUGUGUUUCUUUGGGCUCCUAUUUCCAGUUUAAGAUUGUGCUUUUUAAAACAAAUUGAUCAGUAUAGAAUCCUGGAGAAAGAGCCAGAAUUGAAUGUGAGAGUGAAACCAACCCAAGACUGAUGUCAAACCAGAACCUCAGAUUAUUUAGGGGUGAUGUUCGUCUCUUAUUAAAAUACUACGUAUUAACCGAGAGGGAGUUCAGUACAAGGAAAUCUCAGACCGAGGCCUUGCAUUGAUGUGUUGACCGAGUGAUAGUGAUAUGGCCUUUUCAUUAUAAGCCUGCGAUCAAUUAAAACCAAUAACUGGUCAGCGGAUACCCUUUUUGACAGCUGUCAAUUGACCGUAAAAUAGAUGUCCAUAAGGAUGUGUACUAUCAAGUUGGACACCUAGCAAGUAAUUCCCGGUCAUUACUAGAAAAUAAAACCCGCUUAGCAACCAGUGAGAGCGUGAGUACUAUUGUAGCCAUAAAAUAAAAGCAUUUAAAAACUCUUCUUGUCACGAUCCCUCUCAUCCCCUUCUCUCCAUCCAAAAGCUUUAUUAUCAGGUUAGUCUUGAUUUUUGGUUUGACUAUAGCUGCAAAUUUAAUCUUUGCGUUGUGUUUGUUUCGCAGGACGAAGAUGUUAGCAUCACUGUUGUUGGAAUACUCGGCAAAAAUUGGAAGGCUGAAGAAAACAAACUUAAGAUGAAAGAAAUGGCUGGUAACAAGGGACAAGUGCUUAUGUACCAGGAUUUUUCAGCCCUGACCAAACAUUUUGACAACGUGUUAGCUGCUUUGUGCCGUAGGUGGUUUUAACUGAUAUUCUACGUAGCUUCACGAGCGUGCAAAAUUGGCCUAGAUAUAUUACAUAAUUUAUAUAAAUCCCAUUGUCUUUGGAGGGUUAUUUCAGUAUUUUUCAACCUCGUCCCCAGGGCUUUUCCCUUGAAAAAUGGCCUCCCAUUUUUUAAGGGAAAAGCCCUGGGGACGAGGUUGAGUAUUUGUGACCAUACAACUUUCAAAACAUUAUAUCUCUGUUGUUAUUUACAGUUCCAUAUAAAGCUACACCUCAUUGGAAAGGGCAAAAAUUAAACUUUCAGAAAAAAUAUUUCGGUCUUAGGAAACCCAUAAUAUUCCGCAAAAAAAAAAAUUAA